CGGAGCUCGCAGCAGCAUGGACGCGGCUCAGCUCGGUGAACUCCCGGACGACGCGCCGCCGCUGCGGCCGCACGUGCGCGGCUUGCGGCUGCGCGCGCUGCGGGCCCGCGAGCUGGCCGCCGGCACCACCUUCUCCACGCCGUUCCUCCUCCGGUUCCUGAGGGCCCGGGACUUCGACGAGGAGCUCUCUCUGAAGCUCUUGCUGAACUACCAGCGCUGGCGGAGGGACAGUCCUGAGAUCAGCACCUGCCUGUCUCCCUCCUCGGUGUUGGGCCUCCUCAACACCACCUACCACGCCGUGCUGCCCCACAGGGACCACAGCGGCAGCAGGGUGCUCAUCUACAGGAUCGGCCAGUGGAAUCCAAAACACUGGACGGCCUUCCAGGUGUUCAGAGUCAGCCUGAUGACCUCAGAGAUCAUCGCCACGGAGACAGAGACGCAGAGGCGGGGCCUGAAGGUCAUAUUCGACCUGCAGGGAUGGAGUUUAGGCCACGCCCUGCAGAUUAACCCCUCCCUCGCCAGCAAGAUCUCCUCCGUACUGUCGGUAGGCCUCAAGUCUUUAAAUACUACCCUGUAGAGCUGGUCCCUGUAG